AAAAAAUCCUAGCCAAAAAUGAGUAUCAAUACAAAAAGGAAAAGCAUCUUUGAAACCAUAGAAGACCUCAUUUCCCCUGACCCGGCACCCUCAUCAUCUUCUUCAUCUGCCAGUUGCUCAUCGUUGGAUAAUCAGAAAUUGGUGUGUCAAUUCUGCAAAAAAACAUAUCUAACCUAUUUUGGUCUUCGAAGACAUCUGCAAUUUCACAAAGAAGGCAAAUUACAGCAGAGCUGUCCACAUUGUAAAAAGGUGUAUAGAUCCCCAGGAGCUCUCAAAAUGCAUCUAAAAACACAUUCUCUUCCAUGCGUCUGCAAUGACUGUGGGAAGUCGUUUUCAAGACCAUGGCUGUUAAAGGGACAUCUCAGGACGCAUACAGGUGAAAAACCUUUUGGCUGUGAAUUCUGUGGGCGUUGCUUUGCGGAUCGAUCUAAUUUACGUGCUCACCUACAAACUCACUCAGGAGAGAAGAAACAUCGAUGUUCGAGAUGUGGGCAAUCAUUUGCACGUGUACAAGUCCGUCAGCGUCACGAACAAUGUUGUAGAGGUGGAGGAAGUGGUGGUGAGGCUGAAAAAGAAGAUGUGGAAGUAGAUGGAGAUUAAUAAAUUUAUUACAUUUGUCAUAUAAACCGUUGCAAAAUGCUAAUAUUUUACUCUAGAAGUUUAAUGUU